UGACCUGCUGGCGUUGGCGUGAGACGAACGGAGCCGGGGGAAAUUCUCGGUUAAUAUUUUGGUGCUGUGGUCCCUCGUGUGUCUCUCAGUCCCUCCUUGGAAACCGUGUACCAACGUGCGCCUCGGAGGCGCUUGCUCUCAUGGUCAAGCAUGAAAUAUUGCAACUGCUUUAAAUUACUUUCUGGAAAUAAGAAUCGGGCUUGAAUUUCGGCGCUUCUGAAAUGCCCUGAGCUCUUACGUAGGCCUGUUGAACUGAAGCGUUGUUGUUCACCAUUCGCGAAGCUUAGUAAAAACUUACUUGAAAGUUCUACGCCUUUGUGUAUGGAUUUCGAUGCCUAUGCAUAUUAAUAAAAAAUAUUAAAUGAUCAUGUUCAAAAGACAAGCAAUAUAUUUCGCUCCACGUUCAGUAUUAGUAUCGUGACUUUUUCACCUGAUGCGAGCGCUGAUCUUACUUAGGAUGUUUGGAGCGAGGAAGAUGGAGGGGGUGCGGCCAAGCUGGCAAGGAAGGUGAGGGUGCUGUGCUGGGUCAUGACCGUGCCCAAGAACCUGAAGACGAGGACCCAGCAUGUCCGCGCCACCUGGACCCAGCACUGUGACAAGGUGCUCUUCAUGAGCUCAGUCAAUGAGACCAGCUUCCCCACGGUGGGGCUGAACGUGAAGGAGGGCCGAGACCAGCUCUACUGGAAGACCAUCCGGGCCUUCCAGUACAUCCACCAGAACCACUUCGAAGACGCGGACUGGUUCCUGAAGGCCGACGACGACACCUACGUGGUGCUGGAGAACCUGCGCUAUCUGCUGUCGAAGCACGACACCGAGGAGCCCGUCUACUUCGGCCGCCGCUUCCACCCGUUCGUCCGCCAGGGCUACAUGAGCGGCGGGGCCGGGUACGUCCUGAGCAGGGAGGCGCUGCGGAGGUUCAUCAGCGGAUUCGCCACGGGGAAGUGCACCCACACCUCCCCGAUCGAGGACCUGGCCUUGGGGAGGUGCAUGGAGAUCAUGAAGGUGAAGGCGGGAGACUCUAGGGAUGCCAGCAAGCGGGAGACCUUCCACGCCUUUCCGCCAGAGAAACAUGUGGUCAGGAAAAUCCCCUCCAAACGCUCCUGGUACCUGAGCUACGACUACUAUCCGACCCUAGAAGGUCCCGGCUGCUGCUCUGACCUCUCAGUGUCCUUUCAUUACGUACCCCCGAAGCUAAUGUAUGAGCUGGAGUACUACACUUACCACCUGCGUCCCUACGGCUACAGGUACAGAUUUGAUCCAGAACUUGCAAAGCGCAAACUCAACCACACAUCUCCCUGAGGUGUGGCACUUGGUCCAUUCGGAUUACUUCAGAGGAAUUUUCAGAUUAAUGAACUUUCUAACUGCUAAUUAACUCAUGGGAUCAUGCCAUUACUUUUGUCUGGGUUGAGUGUGGAAUCCAUCAUGAGGAUUUACUGUGGAUUCAGCCUCUUGGUCUGACAUGGUUUUCCUUGGAGGGAAAACCGUUUCCUUCAAAGUGAAUUCAGAAGCACAAUAAUCUAGGAUGCACCUAAUUUGAUUGAAGAGAAAGGUGGGGAGUCUGUUACAACCAACAUGCCAAAUCAACACUCCAUUGUAGCAAUGUGUGGCUAAAGUUGACUGCAGGACCAUCUGCAAGCCUCAGAAGGAGAGUUCAUGCUGAGAUACUCGUGGGUCAUUACCUGUAGGCCCAGCUGACUGAGGCGACACAGAACUGAUUUUCCAGACACACACUCACAUAUACAUACACACACUCAGAAAGAGAGGUAUGCUUAGGAAAGUCACGCAGGAGCACUGAUACACUUUGAUACACUCACAUGCAAGCCAACAGGUAUUUUUCAGACUGCAAGUCCCACAGAGCACCACAGUGAAGUGAGCACCAGUUGGAGGAUAGGUGAAACCACAGUAACAUCGUCUGAGCAAUUUGUGUAUAUCUGAUGAAUUGGAGGGUGCCUGAGAUAAGACAGAUGAGAAAAACUCUGGCUUACCUACCCCACGAAGCUAAUUGGUCAGGGCACUGUGGGCUCACGGUCACUGUUGGUAAAUGAUGCUGCUGGUUUUGUACCUGGGCCAUAGAGCUCAGCCUGCACUCAGGAGCCCCAGUAAAACGUACUUUAUAAGUAGAAUGUUUCCCUUAGCAGGAAAGCACCUGUCAUCAUUAAGACCCCUUAUUUCAGAGGGAAGAGCACUUAAUCAUUAAAACACACUUUGUAGGCUCAAUUUAUACAGCGCUUCAAUCUUAAACAAGCACAUACUUUCUUGUUCUUUUCAAUGAAGAAGCCCACAGUUAGAGAAACAUUCAGGUGUCAAUUUUAUUAAUUUUAUUUAUUUUCUUGUCAUCGUUGUCCAAUUUUUUGUGUGUGGGGAUCCGUUUUACUGACAGACCAAACAGGUUUUCAAUUAAUAUUUUUAUCGACAGUGCAUUUAGUAAGUUUCUAAAAUGUAAUGUGUACUCUGAAUCUGCCCUACCAGUUAAAGCCGAGUGAAUUUUGGGGGGCUUCGAUUAGUGUUCUCUAAACUGAAUGGUGUGCAUCACUCUCUACUUGGCCAGAGGGAACCCCGUACCAACACGUCCAUCAGGUCCAUGAAAAAACAACCCCUUAGGGUUUUCUGCUUGUGUUUUCUGCUUGUGUUUUACUCUGCCCCACUUGUAAGUCGCUUUGGAUGAAAGCAUCUGCCAGAUGGAUAAAUGUAAAUGUAAAGGCUGGGAGAAUGGGCAGUGUUCACUCUUCCAAGGCCUCCAGAGCACAGCUGGCUAAUUAUUCACAAUAAUAAUAGCCAUGUUUUGGCGGAGGCAUGGAGAGGGAUUGUGUAUUGGGAACCGUGAAGGAAUGGGGUGAUCACUAAUUCUGCUUUGUCAUGGCUUAUCAGGUCUGACAAGCUGAAAAGAAAAUGUUCACAAUGUUUGGAAUUUGACACAAGCUGAACAUAUAGCAAUGUUUUUUUUUCCGUAGGGGUACAUUACAUCUUAAGAGUGAUGAUGCAGGUUUGAUGACUGAAUUUAGACGAGGACUGUUAUUAGACCAUGGCCUGGGUUCUGUCCUUCUGUCUGACGUUGUCUUUAGAUUUGAACAAUGAA